AUGUUGGAGAUCUUGGUGCAGAAGGUGCUGGAGAUCCUGGUGCUGAAGAUUGAAGAUCCAGGUUGCUUCUGGGUUAUUAUCAAAGGAUCUGGUAACUUUUCAGAUAAUGAAGUCGACUAUCAGAAAUUAAAUAGUGCCAUGAACAAUUUCUAUGACAGCAUGUGUCAGGAUAUAGAAAUAAAACCAUUGGUCUUGGAAGAAGGACAGGUUUGCGUGGUCUACUGUCAGGAGUUGAAGUGCUGGUGCAGAGCCAUUAUUAAGUCAAUCGUCUCUUCAGCAGACCACUACCUGGCAGAGUGCUUUCUUGUGGAUUUUGCCAAGUUUAUCCCAGUAAAAUUGAAAAAUAUUCGAGUUGCAGUAGAGUCUUUCAUGAAGCUUCCAUAUAGAGCGAAAAAAUUCAGACUUUACUGCACAAAACCUGUUACAUUACACAUCGACUUCUGUGAAGAUAGUGCACAAAUUGUCCCUGCCAAGAAAUGGGACAGUGCAGCUAUCCAGUACUUCCAGAGUGUUCUAAGAGCAGCUACCCAGGUUGAGGCCAAAUUAUGUGCUGUGGAAGACGAUACUUUUGAGGUUUACCUUUAUGCAACCAUAAAAAAUGAAAAGGUUUGUCUGAAUGAUGACCUGGUGGCAAAGAACUUUGCUUAUUACAUGUCACCUAUGCAGAAUAAAAAGUGUGAUUCUUUGGAGAAACCAAGAUUCAGUAUAAAGUCCACAUCCCUUUCCAAUCCAGCCCUUACACUGUGGCCAAUGCUUUGGCAAGGAAAAGACUUUCAGGCAACGAACAAUUCACAUGGGCUCAGUUUCCUGACACAAUCUCUCCAACAUUCAUUGUGCAAGGAUGUUGCUGGUGACCGAGGGCCAACUGCUGUGAUAUUGGACAAAGCUAUGAAAUGUGACAGGGACCCGCUGAGAGACUCACCUGAGAAGACUUGUGAUGCCAAGCAGCGCUGCAUCUCUCUGAGAGAAGUAACCAGGGGUGUUGAAUCUUCAGUAGACUGGCCUACUAAGAGAGGCAUCACCAUAUAUGCAGAUCCGGAUAUACCAGCGGCAAGUGCUUUAAAUCAGAAGCCAAAUGAAAAGCCACAGAGAUUGGUAGAAAAGAAAGACUAUGAUGAGAAAAAUGGCUGUGUGAAGUUAUUGCAGUUUUUAAAUCCCGAUCCUUUGAGAGCUGAUGGAAUCUCUGAUCUGCAGCAGUUGCAGAAGUUGACAUUGGGCACACAGCAUCCUGUUAUGGUACUCCGAAACAAGAUUGAGCCCUGCCUGACCAUUGACAAAUCACCACUGUCCGCAGACCUGAAAAAGGCUCUUCAGAGAAAGAAGUUUCAAGGACCUAGCCCCAGCGAGUCUUUCUCUUGGCCUCCCAUCGCACGUGGCUGUGAUGUGGUAGUCAUUUCUCAUUCUGGAAACGACCCUUUGCUGUACCUUCCACCAUUGCUAACAGUUUUGCAAAUUGGGGGCUGCUACAAAUCAUUACCAAGCAGAAAUGGGCCUCUUGCUGUCAUCGUGUGCCCCAGGUGGAGGAAGGCUCAGUUCAUUUUUGAAUUGUUGGGAGACUACAACAUGUCCUCCAGGCCCCUUCAUCCUGUCUUACUGACAAUCGGCCUUCACAAAGACGAAGCCAAGAACAUGAAGCUGCCGCGGGGGUGCGACGUAAUUGUCACCACACCGCACAGCCUCCUGAGACUGCUCACCUACCAGAGCCUGCUGUUUCUCAGACUCUGCCACCUGGUUCUAGAUGAGGUGGAAGUGUUAUUCUCCGAGGCCAAUGAGCAAACAUUUGCUAUAUUAGAUAACUUCAAGAAGAAUGUUGAGGUGGAGGAACGGGAGUCUGCACCCCGACAGGUUGUGGCGGUCGGCGCUCACUGGAGCCAGCAUGUUGAGCACCUGGUCCAGGAGGUCCUGAAUGACCCAUACAUCGUCAUCUCGGCCCCCGAGGAGGCUGCGCUCUAUGGCGGCGUCCAGCAGGUAGUCCAUCUUUGCUUGGAAUGUGAGAAAACCUCUACUUUACUCCAAGUUCUUGAUUUCAUGCCAAGUCAGGCUCAGAAGACCUUGAUCUUCACCUGCUCUGUAGCUGAAACAGAAAUAGUAUGUAAGGUAGUAGAAAGCAACUCAAUAUUUUGCUUGAAAAUGCACAAAGAGCUUGUUUUUAACUUAAAAAGUGUCUUAGAACAGUGGAAGAAGAAGUUGAGUUGUGGCUCUCACAUUGUACUAGCCUCCACUGAGGACUGCCUCCCGCUCCUGGCCAUCACUGACGCCACGUGUGUGGUACACUUCAGCUUCCCCUCCUCACCCAAAGUGUUUGGUGGACGCCUUUACUGCAUGUCUGAUCAUUUCCAGAGUCUAACUCAACAGGGCUCACCUGUAGAGUGUGGAGAUAGAAAAACCAAGUCUGUGUUGCUGCUGACGGAGAGGAAUGCAAGCCACGCUGUGGGUGUCCUGCGCUACUUGGAGCGAGCAGAUGCCAAAAUCCCAUCGGAAUUAUACGAGUUUUCUGCAGGGGUCUUGGAAGCCAAAGAAGACAAGAAAACCAGAAGACCGCUCUGUCGACACCUGAAGGCUUUUGGCUUCUGCAAAGACAAAAGGAUAUGUCCUGAUCGACACCAUGUCAACCCCGAGCUGGACAUGCCAAGGAAGUUGUCUGAGCAUGCUCUGCCCAAGUAUGGGUACAUCCAGAUUAUACCUUCUUACAUUUCAAAUGCAACAAAUUACUUUGGUCGCAUCAUUGAUAAACAUGUGGAUCUUUAUGCCACUCUGAAAGCAGAAAUGAAUGAGUAUUUUAAGGAUUCUAGCAAUAAAGUAGCUGUUGAAAAGGUGGAGACCUUGGGAUUGUAUGGAUUGGAAGAGAAGACACUUUUUCACAGGGUUCAGGUGCUGGAGACCAGCCAAAAAGACGACACCCGGGGCCUUGGGACAGUCCUUGUCACCUUCCUGGAUGAAGGCAGGACAGGGCUGGUGACCAAGGACCAGCUCUUGCGCCUCCCCGAAAGCUUCCACACGCUGCCCCCACAGGCUGUGGAGUUGAUCGUGUGCCGUGUGAAACCUGCCGACAGUGAGAUGGAAUGGAACCCGAAGGUUACUAGGUACAUUCAUCAUAAAAUUGUUGGAAAAUUACAUGAUGCAAAAGUAGUGUUGGCUCUGGGGAAUACUGUUUGGAUCGACCCAAUGGUGCAUGUUACAAAACUUCCGAACCUGAAAACUUCCAUCAUUGACUACAAUGUUCGUGCUGAGAUUCUGUCCACAGGGAUGGGCAUUGAUAAUUCAGAACAUGUGCAACAACUGAAAACGCUCUGCAAAGAAACGGACAUGCCGGCUAGUGAUGGCGGCCUUGGCCAGACCACGUUGGCCUCAAACGGAGAAAGCGUUAGCGGCAAAUGGGGACUUGAGGACAGCCGAGGGGAGAGGGGCACGGCAGCCAGCGGGGCUGGGCGGCUUGCCCACCUGCCUUCUGUCUUAAGCCACCAACCGUGGAGGACUGCCUGCGGUGGCAGCCACAGAGCCCGGCCACCUUGCCCGCGGGAUCCCCCUGAGGGGAUCUCCCCGGCCUCUCCAUCCAGGGUGACUUCCCUCAAGGAGGAGGCUGCUGUGCCUGGGGCUCAGCAGGAGGAUGCACCAGAGCCAGGGAAGGCCAGCUGCAGCUCCGGCGCCGGCUCCAGCUCCACGACUGACUCCACUCGCCACAGCCUGGAAUCUGAAUCUGCACACACUGGAGAUGCUUCUGCUAGGACAACUGCACCCCCACGUGAGAAAAGCUUUCAUCCACAAAUAAAGUGGUUCCAGAAAGAAGAUGUUGUCAUCUUAAAGAUAAGAGUGCGGGAUGUUCGCGAUUACAGAUGUAAAUACUUCCAGGACCGCGUUGUGUUCAGUGCCUCCGUGGGAGACAAGGUGUACCUGGCCGACCUGGAGCUGCAGGCCAACAUCGUGAAGGACGACUGCAGGUGCGUCAUCAAGAACCACGAGCCCGUCAUCACGCUGACCAAGGAGAAGAAGGAGCCGUGGCGGGGUCUCCUCAAGCGCAAGAACCCGAACGUGGCCUUUGACUUCGAUCACUGGGAGGACUGUGAAGAGGAGAGCCCCUUUGCCAAGGUGGCACAUUCUAGAAGCCUGUGGGGCAAAGUGGCCGAGGUGGUGGAGAGCAGCAGGGCUUCUUCAGAGGAAGCCGGAAGCGAGAGCGAGUGAGCUGCGGCCGGGAGGUUGAGGAAGCAACUCGCCACGUCUGAACCUCGUUACUGAAGCUUCUUGGGGCACUGGGAUGGGUCACGGUGAGAAACACAAUUCAGCUGACUUCAAAUAGAACAACGGUGGAGGAGAUUGCCAAAGCAAGGGAGAGGGUGUGGGAGAGCCCGGCAGGCCCGGUGGCGCGGGGAGGGCCGAGGCCAGUGGGGCUCCGUAGUGAAGCCCUGUCUUGUCCACAAACGCACGGCCAGCACCUGCCUGCUGGUCCUUUCCGCAGUGAGCGCUCAGUACCGCGGAGGCCGCCAGCUGCCUGCACGAAGUGGCCUUUCCCCAAGGCCAGCUGCCAGCGGCCUCCGCACGCCUGGGCCGGCUAGAAACGGAGCUGCUGGCUUGGGCAGCCUGCUGCUCCUGAAGGCCUGGGCCAACGGGACAAGGACUUGUGUUUUGGAAACGUAAGGGAUUUGUGGCCAGGCGCCAGUGGCUCACAGGUGAGGUUCUAGGCCAGCACAGGAGACACACCGAGACAUUCCUAUCUCCAAUUAACCAGCAAGGCGCGGGGACGUGGGAAGCAUCAGUCUUGAGUUGAAACACCAGUACUGGUGCAAAAAGCAAAAAAGGACCUGUGAAUGUGGAGGUCACCCCCACACUGCAGGGUGGCGGGGACCCGGAAGCCCCCGCGAGUCCUCUGAGGACGUUGGAGGUGAGGAGAGCUGUGUGGUGCACUUGUCUGUGCCACUUUGCCACGUCUCCUGCGUGGCCUCAGGUCCUGGCCUGAGUUGCUGAGAUGACAGCUGCAGCCACCGCCCCGGCCUGAGUUUUGCAUGUACAUCUGACUCUUCCAUGGGGUCUCUCUGAGCCUGACCUUUUCUAGGUCCAAAUAGAAGAAAAUCUGCAGAGAAAUGAAUAUUUUGUGGGGCCCAGAUGUCAGCUGUAUAAGCAGUUAGUAACUUUUGUUCUCUUUUCUGUUUUCUGUGCUGCUAAGACUUCUCUGAAUCUCUCCAAAACACUGCUUCCGCGCUCGGUUGUGACGUGACUGCCUUUCGCAAUUUGAGUAUUGUUUAAAAUAAAAGUUAGUUGUUAAGCUGUGUUUUCCCCGAGUGUACAAAGUAAAAUCUCCUUCACCGCACCGUGGUGGCAAGGGC